GAAGUGAAUUGUCUUUAUUUCCAGCUGGUCUGUGUGUCAGAUGUGUUUGCUGUCUACUUUAUCCUCCAGACAGACAGAUGAUGAGUGUGUGAACAACCCCCCGCCUGCAGCAGAUGAGGAGGCUGGUCUUCGUCUUCUGGCUGCUGUUUUAUGUGUGGUUUCUGCUGUCCAUCAGGAAGAUGUGGACAGGUCGAUAUGUUCGCAGUCCUCUGGCCAGAUCUCUCUUCAUGAACAUGCUGACAGAGGGCGAAACGGCGGAUUAUGGGGACCAAAAGUGGUACCGGUGCUGUCCGGAUCUGCUUGGAGAAAGCGUGAGCUCUGUGUUCGUUCAGAGUCAUCUAGAUGAGGAGACGCAGGCGUUUCUGCACAGGAGCGUCGAGAAGUCCAGCUGGAUCUUCACUCAGCUUUACCACUCGCUGUUCUCCAGCAUCUUCAGCCCCAUUAUCUCCCGCACAUCCAUCAACGGGUUUCUGGGCCGCGGCUCCAUGUUCGUGUUCUCCAGGGAUCAGUUUCGGAGUCUCCUCAGGAUCGGGCCGGACUGGAGAGCGCAGCGGAUGCUGGAUCUGGGAGCCGGAGACGGAGGCGUCACUGAAGUCAUGGGUUCACACUUUCAUGAGGUCUACGCCACAGAGGUCUCCACACCUAUGAAGUGGCAUCUACAGCGCAAAAACUACAGUCUGCUGGGAAUCGAUGAGUGGCAGCGCACCGGUCUCCAGUAUGAUCUGAUCAGCUGUCUGAAUCUGCUGGACCGCUGUGACGAGCCGCUGAAGCUCCUGCAGGAAAUCAGGAGUGCGCUGGUACCUGAAACGGGACGCCUCAUCCUGGCCGCGGUGCUGCCCUUUCAGCCUUAUGUGGAGACGGGCGGGUCGUGGGUCCGGCCGAAGCAGCACAUUGAGGUUCAGGGGAAGAGCUGGGAGGAGCAGGUGGCGCACCUGAGCACGCAGGUGUUCCCGCAGGUGGGUUUGGAGCUGCAGGCCGUCACGCGUCUGCCGUAUCUGUGUGAAGGAGACAUGUACAGAGAUUAUUACGUGCUGGACGACGCCGUCUUCAUCCUCAAACCACAACACUGACACAAACACUGACUGACAACUCCAACCAAAGGGCUGACACGACUCAGGAAAAUAUAAACGUUAUUCAAUCAGAAUCAUUCAGAUGAUGCUGACAGCUGACGGACUCAAGAGUUUCCUUAUGGGGGAAUUAAACAGAAUAAAGAUCCAUUGGAAACUUUUGGAGAAAUCUAAUUAUUACUAGUGUCUAAAUACAGUUGAAGGUAAAUGAUUAGCCCUCCUGUGAAAUUUAAUAUGGAUAUUUUAUUAUGAGUAUGUUUUAAAAUAGUAAAGUGCUGUUUAAUAACAUAUAUUUUACAUUAUUUCAGAUUGUUUAUUCUGGAGAAAGCCUUAUUUCUUUUAGUUUGGCUAGAAUAAUAUAGAUAUUUUAAAUCAUUUUCAAUAUUAUUAGUUAUUAUUUAUUCAUUCAUUUUCCUUCGGCUUAGUCUCUUUAUUCUUCAGAGGUCGCCACAGCGGAAUGAACCACCAACUAUUCCAGCAUAUGUUUUAUGCAGCAGAUGCCCUUCCAGCUGCAACCCAGUACUGGGAAACACACACGCGCACUCAUACACUGCGGUCAAUUUAGUUCAUCAAUUCCCCUAUAGCGCAUGUGUUCCGGACGAAACCCACAGCAACAUGGGGAGAACAUGCAAACUCCACACAGAAAUGAACACUGACCUAGCUGAGGCUCGAACCAGUGGCCUUCUUGCUGUGAGGUGACAGUGCUAACCACUGAGCCACCGUGUUUCCCCAUUAUUAUUAUUAUUAUUGUUAUUAUUAUUAUU